CUGCAGGGCGCUGGAUGACUCAGGAACGCAGGCGCGGGUGCUCGACUCCUGGGAUGCUUAGGCAGUUUGGAUCGCCCUCGGGAGUCUGCAGAUUGGGACCGACCGUCAGUGCUGGGCGCGACCUCUGCCUGGACCUGGCUCUGGAGAGCCUGCAACGCCACCCCUCCCUCCUCCCGCCCCCACCCCCCGUCCCCACCCCCACACACACACACCCUUCACUUGCUUACUCAGUGAAGAACCGGCUUCAGAAGGCACCGGGUCCAAACCCUCGUUUUAAAGGACUGGAAGCUAGAGAAGGCAGGUGACUUCAGUCAAGGUCACCGGCAUCUGAGGGACGAGCCCCGCAUGGCCUCUCGUUGCUGGGCAGCACCCAGCGCGCGCGCCCACCGGCCGCUGGCGUCAGGGAAGGCGGCCCAGGGCACAGGUGGAGGGCAUUGGGGGCGAGGCGCGCGGUGGCGCAGCCAGGAAAUCCCGAGCCCACUGGGCCACCCCCCCCCCCCAACCCCGGGAGCACGGGCACGUGCGCAGCAGCUUACCGCGCGCCCGCGAGGGCGGGGGCUUCCCCUUCCCCGCCCCCUUGACUUUCACAGUCUAGUCCCGCUCUCCGCCCGCCGCCCGCGGAAGUCUCACCGCGCAGCAGCACCCCCAGCCCCGGCGGUUCCGGGGACCCAAGGGCGCGGUGCAUAGGGGGCCCGUAGUAUCCAAACUGCGAAAGAGGAGCAAGAGGAGGAAGAAGAGAAAGAUGUGGAGGAGGAGGGGAGAGAGGGAAAAGGAAGAGAGGCAGAAGACUAGUAAAAAAUGGGCUCGGGGGGCGCAGAGGGGUUGCGGUGGGGUAGAGAGGCGUGGACGCCGAGCGAGUCCGGUGCCUCUCGAAAGCCUCGCCGGCCGCCCCGCCGGGCCGCGCAGCUCCGCCAACUCCCAGGCCGGCCCAGGCCGGAGCGUGGCGCCAGUCGGGAGGUUGCAGAGUUCCUGGAGCUCACAGCUGAGCCCGAAGGAAGUCGCCCUCAAUGGGCACGAAGCGGGACCCAGGCACGCCCGCGCGGUCACGUCCAGAUCUGCGGUCCUCCGACAGACGCAGGCCUGCUGCGCCUUCGCCACACACCCCCACUUGUGGGCCUGGACUCCGACUCCGCAGUUACGCCGGGAUAUCUCUGGGCAUCCAACCACCUCCCCUCCCCCAUACUCUUUUCCUCUCCACCCGACCCCUUACUAGGAGCAGCUUCUAGUUGCAGCUCAACACUCCUCCGCGCCAAGCACCCAACUCCUGGCCUUGCCUACAGUCACCCACAGACCUAAUGAUCGACUGAGCGCCGCCGUAAUGGCCCGAGAUGACACCAGGAGACUCCCUUGCUGUGCGCCUCCGGUAGACGCUGAACGUAGCCCCUUCUCUCACACUUCUAGGACACAAAAAUACCCGACAGCUCAAAAUCGCCGAACCACAUCUUUUCAUGCUUUGAAAACUUCUGCCCAAGCCUGUGGCAGGAGCAUGUCCAACUGUGAUUUGGGUUUCUUUUUAAACAUCUAAUCAAAGGGAAGAGGGGAGGGAUUCGCAACUAAAUGGUAGAUGUUUUCAAGCAAGUCUUUACGUAGCCCCAAACCUACUAUAGUAUUCGGCCAUUCAACCCCCAAACAUCUCUGCCUGCCUUUAUGUUCGGAUCUCACUCCAUUAUUUGUCAGCACAAAGUCCUAAACCUGCAAAGCGAUAGCUGUGAGGGACACCAAACCCAUACCUGCCCGUCCCCUACCUUCCAGGCAACCGGUGUCAAUCUCCUCACUAUAAUUCCCAACAUCCCUGCCUGAAGUGAGGAGAACGGUAAUUUAAAUAAUACAGCGGGAGCGGAGAGGACACACUGUUUUUGAAAGACUGUAAGCAUUCUGCUCUGUUCCACUCUGCGUCCUUACACUUGCUGAGCACUGACACCAAAUUUAAACGGCGUAAUUAUAACUGAUGUAAUUAUAAAGAGCUAUAAAGGGCAAUGACCUCAAGUGGAUGUUUUUUCCCAGGUACCCUACAAGGUUUGCACAAGCAAGAAAGCAUCGUGUAGCCGAAAUGUUGGAAAGUAUAGAUGCUGCAAAACCUCGUUCUGAGGCUGAAAACUAUGAAUUGUGGGUGUAUUUCCUUCUGCGGUGCAGAAAAAGAACAACCAAAAAGCAAGCAACAAGGGGAAAUGUUAUUUAUUUUAAUGACACCAAAACUACCAAUCCUAGCAAUUUAUUAAAUUAAAAUCAUAGUCCUUUAAGUGUA